GCAGUGACGUCAUGAGACUGUCAUUUAAUCGUGUAAAUAAAAUAAAACUUGUAUUUAAAAAUUAUCCCGCGGCGACAAACGUCGCGUUGAUCAGUGAUUUCGUUGCUUAUUGAAUAAUCAGUCACUUGAAACGGAAUCAUCGAGAAAUAGCCGCAAGAUGAGCAAAUUGUGCAAACAAGUGUCGAUCGAGUCUCCCGGACCGACCAUAAAGGAAUGUGUCUUUAGCUUUGACGUGCCAGUACCAGACGUGCCCCUCUACGGAGCUAGGAUUAGAGUUGUGUACGCUGGAGCGUGUUACCGGGCUAACAGAACAAGAUCGACUUCAGUGUGCAGUACUUCUUCUGUGUCUUCCAUAGGCAGCUUUACUGGGGAGAUGGAUGGUUACGCUCAUACCACGAUUCCCGCCCAUAUCGGCAUAAGAGACGGUGCGUUAUUCCCUGGCUAUGAAGUUGCGGGCAUUAUUGACGCCAUAGGAAAGGCUGCCGAACGUACUGAUGAACUCAAGGAAGGAGCAAGAAUCGUUCUGUACCCUUACGAAGGGGUACCGCAUGGUUAUGCCGAAUAUAUAGUGGUGCCCGACUUCAAAUGUUUGGUGCCGAUACCGGAUCAAUUGCCAUUAAGCAUAGCCGCUAUGCUACCGACUGGCGCUUUGUUGGCCAUGAAUACAGUAGUAUCGGCCAGUGAAUGUUUAAAGGUGGCUUUAGAAGGACCUGCAAAGAAGGACAAAACGACUGUCCUAAUUGUAGGAACUGGAGGCUUAGCCUUGUGGGCUCUACGCCUUGCCACGUACUAUUUCAAGCGCGAAGAGUACAAUGAUCGCAUUAGUAUAGCUGUAGCUACGCUUAAGGAUGAAGGAUUUUUAUUGGCGAAGGAGUGUGAAGAGGUCAACGUCGUGCAAUGGAACGAAGAUUUGUAUGAGAAACAGUUGAUAGAACGUACUACAGACGCGUGCGGUGGACCGGUCGACGUGGUACUCAACUUUGGCACCACUUCUCGAUCUUUGCACCGUUCACUGCAGUGCUUGGCCCCUGAAGGUGUGGUCCUCGUGACCGAAGAUGUAGGCGAGAGACUGCUGUCCAAGUUCGCGAAGAAGGCUGAAGAUCUCAGCGUCAGUGUUGUGGUUGUGCCCAACGGGACCAUCGAACAGCUGAAAGAACUGGUGUCACUAGUCGCACGCGGGGAUAUCGAACCCCCUCCGCACUCGGUGUACCCAGCUGAGGAGGCAGCAGAGGUCGUGCGAAAACUUUGUAAUUCAGAAAUAAAGGGACGAGCCAUAUUGAAGUUUCACAACGUGGAGUAAGCCGUCAACUAAAUUAAUAUAAGUUACUACUUGUUAAUGAUUGUGAUUGUUAUUCGGUACGCGUAAAACAUUGAGUAUAAGACGUAGUUGGUGUAUUUUGUGGGUUCCGUCGCGUAACAGGUGGUAAGCACGCUCGAUGCGAUAUAUAGAAAUAUAUCGUUAAUAUUCAACUACUGUCACCAAAAAUAUAUUCAUUAUUUCUCGACUGUGUAUUCUACUGUAAAGAAAUGUGAAUAAACAUAAUUAACAUAGAUGUUGAUUAAAAAAAAUAAUUAUGAGUAAUGUAUGUGUUACUCAUAAAAAAAUUGUUUUAAAAUAUUAAUAGACUUUACUAAAAGAAAUAUUUAAAGUCAAUUUUAUAUUGCCUUUGAUUUAAAAAAAAAUGUGUUUCGGAAAUUAGUACUGUUUAAAUGGUAGUGUUUACAAACUUACUCAUGCCAAUCAAAAUAUUGUAGUUUAUGUGACUUACAAUUUGAUUGUAUAUGCAUAAUAUAUUGUCAUGAUGUGAUGUAAAAACUUUCAAAUGAAAAAAAAAAGUUCUACCUCAAAGUAAAAUCUAAAAAUAAUGUAUUAUAAUAAAAAAUUACAGUUUUAAUACUUUAGAUUUACAAACAUUAAACGAUAAUUUAGAUUAGAAAGUUGCAGUAGAGUAAUCCUGUGUUUUAUAAAAAAAUAAAAAAAAUAAAAAAUUAAAGGAAAAACUUUGUAAGAGCUUUAUUCGAUUGUCAUAAUAAUAUCCAUUUAUAAUAAAUUGUAAUUAAAAUAAGUAUUAAGUCCAAAAAUUAUUAGUAGUUGUUUCUUAGAUUUUUUGCUUUAUCUUUUUUUUCCAAAAAGAAGUUAUAUUUUAGAAUUAUUUAGUAUUAACGUAUAAUGAUGUUAGAAAAAUAAGAAUGAAUAAUAAUUUUCAUAAAUAUUCAUAAGUUUUUAUUCUGUUUUAAAUAUAUAAAGCUAUUAAUAACAAAAAAAUAUAAAUUAAUAGUUUUAUGAGUAAUUUUAGAUUAAAUGUUUUAUUUUAUUCAGACAUCUCAUUAUGCCAAAAAUGUAAUAUAAUAUUGUGGAUAACUGUAUGUUUUUGACAUCUAUGUUUGGAUAUAUUCUCUAUAACUUUUCAGUGUGCCAUUAACUUAACGUCUAUUGACCUUAUCAAUUGACGGAGCUCUAAAUAGAGUACGUGUGCCUCUUAUAUUGUUACGAUGAUAAAUGUUUGCUUAGUAAUAUUAUUCAAUGUCACACAAAAAACUUGAAUUCUAUAAAUUUUAAAAUAAUAACUGACGUAUACCCCUAAAAUUUAACUUUUAAAGUAUUAUAGUAAAUGCGUAUAUGUUACGUGACGACAUAACGACUUUGACGAAAGCCUUUUAAAAACAGUUUAAUAGUCAUUGAUAAGUAGAAAUGAAUCACUGUCGGGCGUCAAUAACAAUCAUGACGUCGAGACGUGAGAAGCUAAAAGUUUUAUAAAUGUGUUAUUCUCUCAUUGAAUUUUUAUAUGUUUAGCACGCUUCGCUCUCAACUAUGAUAAUUGUCGGUGUAGCCUUCUAACGCGGUUCGUUAGAAGAUAGUGGCCCACUGAGUUUCGCGCCGGAUCUUCUCAGUGGCUCGCGAUUCCGAGGCGGUGGUAGAUACUGUGAGGCAUUGCUCUUGUUAGGGCUAGUGUUAGUAAAUUCUUUUAGGGGAAGCCCGUGAGUUCACCAACCAAGAAAACAAUAUGUAUCCCUGCAGGAAAAGAGCCUUGUCUAUCUUUUCACAUAUAUAGCUCUAUUUUUGCCCACAAAUGACCAAUUUAUUUACUGCUAUAUGCUGUCUCUUUGAUCGAUAUCCUCGCCGAAGCACUUAAUUAAAAAAGCAGAAAAUUCGAUACCCUAUUAUAUUGACAUACAUAAUCGCUAAUAAAUAGUUAAAUGUUGCUAUAAAAAAAGCUUUCGAUAUGCUUAAAAACAAAUAUGUUUGAGAGUUAAUAUCUCUAAGUAUGUAUUCCUUAAGAAAAAGAUGUAUUUACAGGCGAAUAAAAGUGGCAAAGCCAAAAUAUAAAGCUAAGGAUUAUGUUUAAAAGUACUUUUCUCAGCAGUAGCAGUCUUAUUUGUAUAUUAUUCCAUUUGACAGCGCUAUUGAGGAAGGCGUUAUCUAAAUCGAUGGUGUAUUCGUGAAAUAUAAGUAGUCUUUUUUUGUGGCUUAUGCGAAUAUUCCAAAAAUGAGUUGAAAUAAUUUUGCUAUAUCUCCGGGGGACUUAUUCAUGUCGUCGGUUUUUGCAUUUGCCACUGUUACAUGGUACUAUAUUUUACAGGUUCAUAGGGAAAACAUAAAGUAGCAAUAAAAAAAAAGCGAUUGAUUUAUAAAUAUUCUUUUUUCAACGAUACAAAAUGAAAUGCCUUAAAAUAAUCUCCUAAAUGCUUCACACUUUUGAAAAGAGAUAUUUUAUUUUUUUAAAUAGUAUUUUUUCUAAAAUUAAACAAAAUAUUUAAUCUAAGUAGCAUUAAUUAAGCAUAAAUUAAAAAAUACAAAAAAAAUUAAAACAUUGAAAUAAUUGUUAAUUUUUACACUGUAAAAGUAUUGCUAUUUUUUUAUUGAUAUGACUUUUUUAUUGAUAUAUUAUGUCCCUACACGCGGCAACGGUGUCUUUUCUAGUAUGAACAAUUAUACUGGACGGCUCUAUGUCGAUCGGUGGACAGGCCAUUGGUUCUUCCAAGAGUUCAAAGUUCAAAUAUCUGGAUUAACGCACGAUGAUGAAGAUGUGCUUGCAUUUUUGGACUUUAUUGUGUGCUCAAAAAGGUAGAUGGACACACUGAUAUACACUGAAAAGCCCCACCAGUACGUUGACCUGUGUCUUGGCCGAUGAUAGCGUUAGAGCUAGACUCGUCCAACACCAGUGAAAAUGGACUACGUGGAAGGUCACGGGACUCUGGUCGAGGAUGUAAUUUGCGCCAACCUCGACAUGAUAUCGCGUUUUGUUACGUGUCUGCCGUCAUUAACUUACGAAUAUUGAAAAUGUAUUUACCGCCAAUUAAAUGUGCAAACGAAAUAAUUUGCAAUAUGUGAUGAUACAUUGUUGCCGUAUGUAGCGCCCAUAUCUGAACUGUACGAGUAGACUUUCAUAUUUAAUUUUGGUGAAAACUUAUACUGUCGGAGAUAAGUGCUCAUUUUUAAGGUGAAAUAUGUAGCAUCAUUUUCUUCUAAAAAAUAUUUUGUCAAAGAAAAUUAAUUUUUAAACAGAAGUAAUUCGUAAAAGUCACUGUCUAUUUUUUUUAGAAUAUGCAUAAUAUCGUGAUUGUGAUUGUCAAUGUGUUGUGAUUAUUGUUUUAUGAAAUAUAUUAUUAUUAUGAUAAUAGUGUUGUAUUACUCGAUUAUAUUCUUGUGUUACAUCAAAGAAUAUAAAGUAUUGACGUCAUGACUUGAAUUGUAAUUGUUAAACGAGAAAGAUCAACAUUUGAAUAGGUACCCAUUGAUUAUUGUAAUAGGAUGUAAAGUUAAUAAUUCAUGUGAUUGCGCACAACAUAGCAUCAAUACAGGCGACCUAGUUUUUAACUGAAUUCCAAUAAACGAAUCUGUAAUUUAUUACGAGUGUGGACAAAGCCAACGCGCUCUAGAUGUUCUAGCAAGGUUUCACUGGCCUUAUGUAAUGUUAUCUUUCAACGUCGUUUUCACGGACUUGAAUACGUCCGAAUAACAUUAAAACUUCAAACCACAAACGCAUCAAUGACUAAUGACAAUAUAAUAAUUUUAUUACUUCUCUCUAAUGUUCUGACCGGUGUCGACAGGAUAAAAAAAUGAAAAUAAUUGGUAUUUUGUUUAGUUUAUAAGCUAUGUUGUUAUUGUAUUAGAAAACCAAUAACACUAAAAAAGUACGCACUGAUAAAAAAAUUAAAUAAAAUUUAAUAAAAAUCAUUCAAGUGUUGAGUAAAUAAGUUGAACUAAAAAAAUUUAAUAAUUUUAUCCGGUAUUUAGAUAUGUUAAUAACAAUGCAUGACGUCACAUGUGGUUAAUCGUUGUAAAUUAGUAUAUUAUUAUAUGAUUAUAUCGUCAUGUGCUUGGCGUGGUACGAGUAGAUGUUACGGUGCGCUUUCGGUGUUCAUUUCAAAUUCAAUUAUUUCUCUUAGUUUAAUUGUGGUUAACGGAGCCACUGCUACCCCUCGGACAUGGAGUCUUAAGUGUCGAUUGUAUAGUAUGGGUUGCCCCACCCUUCAAACCAGUGUGCUUAGUGCGAGUUUUUUAACUUUCUCAAUAGCGUAAAAGUUAACUCACAGUUGUAUGCAGAUGGAACAGCGCCCCUAGCGGCAAACGUAAGCAAACGUUCGAUCUCGAUACAAAGUUGAGUUAACUUUUACGCUAUCGAGAACGUUAAAAAACUCGCACUACGCACACAUAACGCAUGACUACCGCCUAACUGGUGGUAGAAACGAGUAUGGGCUUACGGCGCACCCUAGCAUUAG